CGCUGCAGGAGAGGCGGGCCUUGGAGGAGACCUCCGUCCGGACGGAGCAGGACUGCGCUCAAGUUGCUCUCCCCCCUCGUCGAAAAGGAGCCCCGACAUGGACCUGAAGCCGCUGCUGCUCCUCCUGCUCCAGCUGGGCUUCACCUCCGGGUAUGAAGGGUCAGGACAUUAUGCCUAUGGAGACGACGAGGACUGGUCUUCUCGUAGGUAUAAAGGAACCCCAUGGUGUGCACCCAUCAAGUUGAAACACGGAGAUGUGAGCUGCCGCACGCCGCGAGGGGAACACUACAAGAACGUGAUGGGGACUCGGUGUAAAAUCCGCUGUAAGCGGGGAUACGAGACGCAAAACUCUGAGGUGGUUUGUAUGGCAAACAAACACUGGUCCUCCAACUACGCCUGCAGAGAGGUCCGCUGUCCCAAACUGGACAUGCCCAUCAACGGGGGCCACAAAUGCUCAGACGGCUCCUACUUCAACUCUCGCUGUGAGUUCUUCUGCGCCCCGGGAUUCACCUUAAAGGGCCAGAAGACGGCGACCUGCCAGUAUAACAAGAUGUGGAGUUCUGCCAUUCCCACCUGCACUGAUGUCGAUCCUCCUAAAAUCAAAUGUCCAGACCUGAAGGAUAAGUGGGCAGAACCAGGAAAGCUGACGGCGAGGGUGACUUGGGACACACCUGAGGGUGUGGACACGGCCGAUGGGAUCCUGACUGAUGUUAUCUUAAAGGGUAUGCCUCCAAAAUCGGACUUUCCAGAGGGACUCCACAAGAUGUCCUACAGUGUGUUGGACCGGGCCGGGAACAAAGGCUCCUGUCGCUUCAGCCUCCGAGUGCGAGUGCGGCGCUGCAGCCCCCUGUUUCCUCCUGACAACGGCUACAUGAAGUGCGACGGGGACGGAGACAACUAUGGCGCCUCCUGUCAGUUCACCUGUACUGGCGGCUUCGAGCUGCAGGGCAGCUCGGCCAGAGUGUGUCAGUACGGACUCACCUGGUCCGGCUCAGAUACGACCUGCACACCCAUGAACAUCAACGUGGGCGUGCGCUCCGCCGCCGCCCUGCUGGACCAGUUCUACGAGAAGCGGCGGCUUCUCAUUAUCUCCGCGCCGACGGCUUCCAAUCACAAUUACCGCUUCCAGAUGACUAACCUCCAGCACGCUCAGUGUGGACUGGACCUGAGACAUGUGACGGUUGUGGAGCUGGUCGGGAUUUACCCCUCGCAAGUAGGCCGUAUUCGUCACAGACUGCUUCCUCCAGGCCUGGCUCUGCAGCUCAGGCUACUCCUCCGGAUUCCUCAGAGGUCUUUCCAAAUGGUGAUAGUAGACAAGCAGGGCAUAGACAAGCAGCGUUACCCGUUCCCCAUCACAGCGGCCGAGUUAUUCACCACCAUCGACACCUUCCCUCUGCGUAAGGACGAGAUGCUGGUGCAGCAGGAGGCCGGCCAGGCCUGUCAGUCGUAGAGCCAGCUGGACUCUCGGUGCACCUCUGUGACCCCCGGGUCCCUUUGUCCUCACAGCAGACCAAAACGAGCCCCGCUGUGUCCUCAUCCACACGUUCCUACCUGAACUUCUUCUGUUCCGUCUGCACGGAGGCACCGCUUUGGAUGGUGGUUCUGACCUGAAGCUCCUGGUGGCUUUUAUAUUUGAUUCACGAGUUUUCUUUUUUUUUCUUUUUUACGUUUGGAACACUUUGCAACUUUCUAGUAUUUAAUGUAAAAUAUAAAUAUAUAGUCUGCAUUUCAUCUGUGCGUCCAUGUCUGAGUUGGAAAAGUCAGAUUAAAGGGACAAAUUUUUAUUCACCUUGUUUUGAUUCAUCAUCAAAUCGAAGAAUCCGAUGUGUUUAUAUUUCUGGCCUGCAGAAGUCUUGGAUGACAUCACAGCAGGAGAAACUGUCAAAAAACUGAAUGGUGCAAAUAUCCAGCCCAAGUCUACAACUGAA